AUGUCCGACCCAGAAUCUCAUAAACAACUCCAGCCAUCGCCGGAACCUGAAUCUCAGAACGGACUCCAACCAGCACCCGAACCCGAAGCCAAACAGGAACCUAAUACUCAACCGGAAACCGAACCGGAACCAGUGGCAGCAGAACAAGUAGAAUCACAAGCACCAACACAAUCGGAACCAGAAUCUGGAUCAAAACCCGAUCCAGAAGUUACCGUUGCAGAUCUCAAGGAAACCGCGAUCCAUUCCAAUGACGCUUCUAACAUUUCUUCACCACAGCCUCAGCUGAAGAAAAAAGACGAAGGAAGCCGAACGUUUACCAUGAGAGAAUUGUUACAUGGAUUGAAAAAUGAUUCUGAACCGGAGAGAGAAGACGUUAGCUCUCCCUACAGCCAAGAUAGUCAACAGCAACAGCAUAUAGAACAGAACAAUGCUGCUAUGGAUUUGAUAAACAGUGUUGUAGGUGUUGACGAGGAAAGUCGCUCCCGGCAGAGGAUUCUUACAUUUGCUGCCAGGAGGUAUGCUGCUUCUAUUGAGAGGAACCCUGAAGAUUAUGAUGCGCUGUACAAUUGGGCAUUGGUACUUCAGGAAAGUGCAGAUAAUGUUAGUCCAGAUUCCACUUCACCUUCUAAAGAUGCAUUGCUUGAGGAAGCUUGCAAAAAAUAUGAUGAGGCUACUCGCCUUUGUCCCACUCUACAUGAUGCUUACUACAAUUGGGCAAUAGCAAUCUCUGAUCGUGCGAAGAUGCGAGGCCGAACAAAGGAAGCUGAAGAGCUAUGGAAACAGGCAACAGGUAACUAUGUUAAAGCAGUCCAACUCAACUGGAACAGUCCUCAGGCACUUAAUAAUUGGGGGCUUGCGCUUCAGGAACUCAGUGCCAUUGUUCCAGCUCGAGAAAAGCAAAAAAUUGUAAGAACUGCUAUCAGCAAGUUUCGUGCAGCCAUACAGUUGCAAUUUGAUUUCCACCGGGCAAUUUACAAUCUUGGAACUGUUCUGUACGGAUUAGCAGAGGACACUUUAAGAACAGGGGGAUCAGUGAAUGCUCAAGAAGUUUCACCAAAUGAAUUGUACAGCCAAUCUGCAAUAUAUAUUGCUUCUGCACAUGCAUUGAAACCAAAUUAUUCUGUAUAUAGCAGUGCUUUGCGGUUGGUACGCUCUAUGCUACCACUACCUCACCUUAAAGUUGGAUAUUUAAUUGCACCUCCUUCGGGGGCAUUAGUUGCACCUCAUAAUGAUUGGAAACGAUCAGAAUUCUUUUUGGAUCACGAAAAGCUUCAGCAGGUACCCAGAGGUGAACAGAGGCAAUCAUCUCAAAAUCUUUCAACCAGAUCAGAUACCGUGAAUGGGGAUAAGAAGACUAUCAAAGUAGAAAUAGCGGAUAUUGUUUCUGUAUCAGCAUGUGCUGAUCUGACUUUGCCACCUGGUGCUGGCCUCUGCAUUGAUACAGUUCAUGGAUCAGUUUACUUGGUUGCUGACUCUUGGGAAUCAUUGGAUGGAUGGCUGGAUGCAAUUCGUUUAGUUUACACUAUUUAUGUGCGAGGCAAAAGUGAUGUAUUGGCGGGUAUUAUCACUGGAUGA